AUGUCACUGCUUCUCCUUCAGAUGUUAGUGCUCUCAUGUCUUGGAGCCACAGGGCUACAGAGAACUUCACAGCAAAGGAAAAGCAGAAGGCCAUUUCAGCACUUUCUCUACACGGACAAAAAACUGUUUGAAAGUCAAAGUUCUCCUGAGCUGGUAAGUGAGAACCCAGUAGGAGUUGAAGGGACCCUGAAAGUACCAAGCUUUUUUGUAUCAAUUCCACAGACAGCAUCUGGAAGUGAGAAGAAAGAGGAGAAAAAAAUGUCUAGAUUCAUACUUCCCAAUGCAGGACUCCAUGCAGACCAAAACCUGAGAUCAUGGGCUGCACCCCGAGAGAUCUCUCCUGUGGAAAACUUCGCUCCACUCCAUCAUUCCAGCAAGAGUGAAUCUGAAUCUCCCUACAGAAAAGAUGCCAAGAAAUUCUGGGACCAUUUUAUGUUAAAGAAAAAUUCAGCAUCUGAAGAGGUUGUCCUGCCAAUCAAGACCAAUGAAAUGCAGCAAGAAAACUGCAGAACCCUGCCUUUUGCCCAGGGUGUUACUCAUAACGGCUGUGAAAAGGUGACAGUGCAGAAUAAUCUGUGUUUUGGAAAAUGUAGCUCGUUUCAUGUUCCUGGUUCAGAAGAUCAUCUUUAUACCUUUUGUUCUCAUUGCUUGCCCAGCAAGUUCUCCAUGAAGCGCCUGGAUCUCAACUGCACUGAUUCUGUUCCAGUGGUCAAAGAAAUCAUGAUUGUAGAAGAGUGUAAAUGUGCAACUCGGAAGAUUAAAGACCCUGUGAUUGGAUCUCUACUGUCAGACUUGUAUGAAAAUGUACGCGAGCACAACUAA